GUUGCUAUCUAUUUUAGCACCACUUUCCUCUAAAACAAAGCUUACUCCAUAAGCUAGAACGCCUCAGUCUAAGGUGAAGGCCAAAGCUCAUCCUUUAUUCUGAAUUCAGUAUCUGAUCUUCCAACUUCUGCAGGUUCAUAUGGAUGGUGGCAAGGAUCAGCCAAGCGGUAAGAAGAAAAUGAGUGUGGUCGUAGGACCAUGGGGAGGAACCGGUGGAGCUGCUUGGGACGAUGGAACCUAUCAUGGGGUAAGAGAAAUCACUCUGGUUUAUGAUCGUUGCAUCGACUCAAUCAGAGUGAUUUAUGAUAAGAACGGUAAGCCUGUAACAGCAGAAAAACAUGGAGGUGUAGGAGGAAACAAGACGGUUGAGAUUAAGCUCAAAUUCCCAGAAGAAUUCUUGAUCAGUGUAAGUGGUCAUUACUGUCCUGUAGUUCAUGGAGGUGGCCCUGUUAUUCGAUCACUCACGUUUAAGAGUAACCAGAGAACGUUUGGUCCAUAUGGAGUUGAAGAAGGAACUCCCUUCACUUUCUCCAUGGAGGGAGGGCAGAUCGCCGGGUUCAAUGGGCGAAGCGCAUGGUAUCUUGAUUCAAUCGGAUUUCGUUUAUCUCGGGUGCAAUCUCCGAAACUCUUUCAGAAGGUGCAGAAAGGCUUUCAAAGGCUUGCCAGUAGUGUCUCGAAAUCCUCUGCCAAGAAUAAUAACUAGUGAAAAGGCCCCUUCGCCAACAGGGAGGCUUAAAGUUCUUCAUUGAAAUUAAGGCAGCAUGUACCUAAGAUUUAAAAAGCACACAAUCUUCUUUUGAUAUAUUUUGGAUUUUGUCGCCUUUGGUAUGUUAUUUGAUGUUAGUAAUGAGUUGGGGUUA